AGGACAGUACUCAGUAAUGAUCCACGCGUGGUGCUGUGGAGAACAUCUCCAGCAUCCACUGAAUACCAACAGCAUCAAGCGGACGUGUCCUACUGACAACAAACACAAAUACGAGAGUGCGAGAGCUGGGAUAAAGAACAAAACACUGACAUUUCUGCAACUAAAACUACUAUUCGUGUCGUCGAGCGGAUUUCACAGAGGACACUGACAGUAAGCAGAGCGAGUACGUGCUACCCAAGUUCAGACAGAUGUGGAAACCUCUGGGUGUUAUCGUCCAGGCUACCAUGGUUAUGCCGUAGUAAUUAUUGUAACAUUUGUGAUUUCAACGUAAUUGAGAUCAUGGGCUCCAGGCUCAGCCGCCAAAACAGUCUCGACAACGAGAAUUUUUCAAGGAGGCGACGGAAACAUCUCGACAGUACUGGAGAGAGCGAUCGGAGCGGAGACUUCUUGUUUACAUCCCUGAUGCUCAGGUCGGAUAAACUGCCGGGGAUGCUGAGGAGAGCCAACCACAGCCCGUAUGUCAGACGAGUCGCCUGGAUCCGAGAGAUUCAGAAGCUUCUUCGGGAGAGGAAGAGAGAAGAGGCGACGGACGUGCUCAAACUGUUGAGGAAGGACAUGGGAUUAGAGGGUACGUCACUCAAUGAUAUCCUCUAUAAGAACGCAUCCUUUCUAAACCUGGUGGACCCCAUAUCUCAUGAGCUCCUGCUGAGCCUGGCUAAAGACAUGCAGUGCCCAAAGAAGGACUCAGACACGCUGAAGUCAUCUGAUAAAAUCUGCAGACAGCUCAUCUACCACCUGACCCCUCACUCCAAGUGGCUUAGAAAAAGUAUGUCCCGGAGAAAGGCCCAGUCCUGUCUUAAAACAACACUUCAGAAGAAGCUCUGCAGUGACUCUGUGGACCUUUCUGGCAUCCCUUUAUCAACUCGCGACAUACGGCAUGUGGCGUAUUACCUCCAGACCAGUGGGGGCGCUGUGAUAUCCGUAGACCUUAGUUUCACUGAGCUCCGGGAUGAGGGCCUACGUCUACUUCUGCCCUUCCUGGGUGCAUUGCCCAAACUCACAACACUGGCUCUCAAUGGGAACCGUCUGACUCUUGGCAUCCUUAAAGAUCUGACUGAAGCCCUCAAAGAUUCCAAGAAGUUCAGUUGUCUUGCCUGGGUUGACCUGGGCAACAACGUCGACAUAUUCACCAUGCCACAGCCUCUUCUGGUGGCCCUACGUCGACGCUGUAGUCUAAAGGGCAGUCUGCCCACCAUCUAUGAGUACACAGAGGGUCAGCAGUAUUGCUACCACAUGGAGAGCUCAAUUGAGGAACCCAGUCACUAUGAAGAAGAGGAGGAUGAAGACGAGCAGGAGGACGAGGAUCUAGAGCCAUGGAGCAUCGGGGAACAGAAAAGUUCAGGUAGUUUUACCCUGCACCAUUGUGAGAGGUGAGCCAAUCACGAUCAUUGUCGCCUGACAAAGGGAUAAAGAAAGAACGGGAGAGCGCAGGCAAGAGAUCUCUCUUCUCACAGUACCAUUUCUCCUAAUCAACACCUUUUACCAUCUCCCUCCUCCACUGCAGAUCCAUUACAUUCCCAUUGUGAUUAUGUAUGAAACAACAGCAUCACAUUUAAAGAGCCAACUAACCACCUGAACAAAGCAAACGGUGAAACACGCUGGAUUGAAAUUCUCUCAAAGCUUCACCACUGACUUACUGUGUUGGCAGAUGACGCUCCUUGACUCGAGGUGGGGGUUCAUUGGAGGCGGCCACAGAGAGUUGUAAAGAUGCUUUCUUACGCCCCUCUUCGGUCACAAAUGACAUGGGAUGGACAGGAAAAAAUGCCAAUAAAAAUCCUAGAGUCAGUCAACUGGCUGAUGCAUACCAUCGGUGGGUUUGAAGCUCUACGUACCCGGCUUUUAAAUAAGGUAUGGUUAGGAAUUUUGUGGAGUCUGGUCAGGUUUGGUCGUAUUUGUCAGUGUUGCAUUGCUGAGGCCGUCUCUGCCACAGCAGACCGGACCUAUCACCACUCUGUGUGUGCUCUACUAAUCUCCCAACAAAAGCCAUGAAACCAGUUCAACAGACUAUACAGCCGACCCACGUCACGUGACGCAAGCAAAACUGCUAUGUCAAGACUUUUGCAUUUUCCCCCCCUUUCCAAAAUGUUCACUUGUGAAUACCCACGCACCACUUGUCGUGUAGUUGUGAAUGAUGAUACAAAAAGGAAACGCUGUUGAACUGUCAGCAUCUGGUUUUUGUUUACUAAUGAUGAACAAACUAUCUUAGAAGACAACAGGUAUAUUUCAACAAAGAAAUUUUUUGUUGUAUUUGAGAAGAUUGCUCAUCUUUUUAUGUUCUGGUCAUCUUAAAUAUGUCUUGCUGUGUCAUUGCAGUGCUGCUCCCUUUGGGAUCGUCCAUUGAAAUAUGGCGGGUCAUUAUGCUACAUUUCUGUAUGGUGUAUUUUAAUAUCUCAAGCACAUUGAUUAAUCAUGUCUGGUCAACUUUCUUAAAUGUUCUUAACAUCAUGCUCAAAAUAAUCUUGCCUGUAACACAUAGUUGAAGCAACACCCCGUCUAUUUUAAAUCAAAUUUUGGUCAUUAAUGAUCAAAUGAAUGGACCUUGAGAUAAAGAGCUAAUGAUUGUUCCAUGGCCUUCAAUUAUCUGAGCACUUUAGUCUGUAUUUUCAUCAGGUUUGUGACUGAAAACUUGUUGUAGCGAUGUCGUCUUGUAACAUGAACAUCUUUGUCUUUCUGAAACAAAAAUAAGCCAAACAAAUAGUUACUGUACUAACCAGCAUUUAGUUGUUUGGAAGUAAAGGUCAGAUGAUCAAAUAGUUAAAUGUCAGUGUUAUUUAUGAUAUUUGAAUUCUUUUAAAUGUGUCAGUUGUGUGUGUAUUUGUUUAAUGUUUUCUCAGUCUUGACUUCAGACUAUUAUAUUAUAUGUAGUAUCCCACAAUAUGUGCUAAUAACUGUCCAUUUUCACAGGGCCUCAACAAAUUCAAAUGGCAAAGUUACCUUUUCUUAACUUUCCAAAACUGAAUAUAAAAUUAAUUCGGACUAUUUAGUGCCUGUGAAAAAUGAAUGAAUAAAAUACAGCAAUCUUUGCAUUUGUUGUUUGGCUCUGUGUCUAGAUCAUUACAAUUAUCUGUGAUCUGCUUAUCUGGGAUGUUUAACCCGUGUAAUCUGUGUAAAUCUGUUACUCAGAAACACUAUGUUGGUCGAUAUCCACAAUGCUAAGCAAGCUAAUACACUUAGUGGCAGGUUAUUGAAAGAGGGCAGCUUAAUUGUCAUGUUGUUUUAUGUGUCAGUCUGAAUGAGCUUUCUCUGUCUGUGUCAUAUACUGUGUCCUCUGAUUCUGUGCUUCAAGACUGACUGUUCAACGCUUCUGUAAUAAAAUUUUAUUAAUAAUA